CGGGCGCGCAACUUCGCAGAACCUCACUGCCCAUCCCUCCUCGCCUCAGUCUCCUCUGUCCUCUCCCAGGCAAGAGGACUGGCGGAGGCACCUCUCUCGAGUCUUAGGCUGCGGAAUCUAAGACUCAGCGAGAGGAGCCCGGGAGGAGACAGAACUUUCCCCUUUUUUUCCCAUCCCUUCUUCUUGCUCAGAGAGGCAAGCAAGGCGCGGAGCUUUAGAAAGUUCUUAAGUGGUCAGGAAGGUAGGUGCUUCCCUUUUUCUUCUCACAGGAGGUGAGGCUGGGACCUCCGGGCCAGCUUCUCACCUCACAGGGUGUACCUUUCCCGGCUCCAGCAGCCAAUGCGCUUCGGAGCCGCUCUCUGCAGAGCCAGAGGGCAGGCCGGCUUCUCGGUGUGCGCCUAAGAGGAUGGAUCGGAGGUCCCGGGCUCAGCAGUGGCGCCGAGCUCGCCAUAAUUACAACGACCUGUGCCCGCCCAUAGGCCGCCGGGCAGCCACCGCGCUCCUCUGGCUCUCCUGCUCCAUCGCGCUCCUCCGCGCCCUUGCCACCUCCAACGCCCGUGCCCAGCAGCGCGCGGCUGCCCAACGCCGGAGCUUCCUUAACGCCCACCACCGCUCCGGCGCCCAGGUAUUCCCUGAGUCCCCCGAAUCGGAAUCUGACUACGAGCACGAGGAGGCAGACCUUGAGCUGUCCCUCCCCGAGUGCCUAGAGUACGAGGAAGAGUUCGACUACCAGACCGAGAGCGAGACCGAGUCCGAAAUCGAGUCCGAGACCGACUUCGAGACCGAGCCUGAGACCGCCCCCACCACUGAGCCCGAGACCGAGCCGGAAGACGAGCGCGGCCCGGUGGUGCCCAAGCACUCCACCUUCGGCCAGUCCCUCACCCAGCGUCUGCACGCUCUCAAGUUGCGAAGCCCCGACGCCUCCCCAAAUCGCGCGCCGCCCAGCACUCAGGAGCCCCAGAGCCCCAGAGAAGGGGAGGAGCUCAAGCCCGAGGACAAAGAUCCAAGGGACCCCGAAGAGUCUAAGAAGCCCAAGGAGGAGAAGCAGCGGCGCCGCUGCAAGCCGAAGAAGCCCACCCGCCGUGACGCGUCCCCGGAGUCCCCUUCCAAAAAGGGACCCAUCCCCAUCCGGCGUCACUAA